GUAUCAUAAGUAAGUGAAGACACUUCACUGAGCUUGAGAUAAAUUCAAAGAUGACUAUCAAUAAGUAUUAAGAUAAACAAAUUCACACACUUCUUUUACCACUGUCCUUUUACCACUGCCCUUACAGCACAGCAAGUUUGUUUUUUUCUUCCCAGGCAGGCGCAUCACACUCGGUUCCCAUGCAUCUGCAGCACCGUAUCAGGUGCUCCAUCAUUCGCUGCCGGGCUUCAGGGGGCGGAGUCUCCGGCACCGGGUCACACCCCCUGCACUACAGCGCUCGGUCCUUAGAAAAAACACCAAGGAGCGCACAGCCCGUCCGUCACUGCAUGCUGCUACACAAAUAUGAGCCCGAGAAGAGUGAAUCUUGCGCUUCAACACUUAGGACAACACACCGAAUAAUUCCAACAGAAAUCACAGAACACCUCCGAGUCUCAACUACUCAAUUUCUCUGUCUCUUGUUCCCCCUUCUCUCUGCGCUGGAUCUUUCGAGCCAAGAAAUGUGUGUGGAGAGCGAUGGAUGCGAGAUUGAAGGCUGCAGCACUUUGGAUGAGGUGCGCACGCUGUCCGGCAGCAUGAGCCCCGUGCUGAAAUCCAACCCGGACCUCCACCCGUGCAAGCCGGGGCACAAAUUCCGAGCCGCGCUGCUCAAAUGCCACUCACCGGCUGCUGCCGCCGGGAUCCUCACUUUUGGGAACGUCCUCAAUUACAUGGAUAGAUACACCGUAGUGGGUGUUCUGCAAGACAUCCAGCGGCAUUACGGAGUAUCAGACAGUGGAAUCGGCUUGUUGCAAACAGAGGGAACAAUCCCUGCCUGUGUGAGCACCUGCAGGCCUGGCCGGUUCUGCCUUCUGUCCUUCCUCGCUCCCUCCGUCCUGGCAGCUUACGUCCACCUGGGAAAGUAAACUGCCAACGUAGGUGUUUUACAGCCGGUGGGUGUUUCUCUGU